AUGCUGAACAUCAAAAACUGUAAUUCAUCAUUGAAUGAUUUUUUUUCUUUUACUGGCCUUUUUCCAGACGACAAAGGGGUUCGUCCCAACCUAUCAUCAAAUACACCAGGUACUUGUUUUCUAGCAAACCGAAAUGUCAACACCCCAAAACACUUCUCCUCGGUUAAACAAGAACAACAUUAUUUGGACGUUUCUUCCCAAAGACUCGAUAUUGACUAUGAUGGAAUGCAGGCCGCCGAUCAACAUGAUCACUACUCGAUGUCUGACCACUUGAACCAUUUGUCUGCCAUGACACAAGCAAUGAACGGUAACGGUCAGAUGGUUACUCCGCCCAUGUCCCCUCGGAUCCCAGUCCGGUCAAGCGUCAUCAACCCACCGGCUAACCACAAUCCUUAUUCGGGAACCACACCACCAGCGGCGGCACCUGGUCAUCACGGUUACGCAUAUUACGAUUAUUAUACCAACUCGUCCGGUUACAACCAGCAAACAGUGGCAGCGGCAGCAAAUAAACCUCUGGUUGAACAUGUCCCUGUCAUUCAACACCGAGGCACAGUUAACUCACAAUACCAUUCAGUUGAUGUCAAUGAUCCACUUAACAUUCUUGACCAACCACAGCACUCCAUCCACCCACAUUCUCAACCCCACCGAAACAAAGAUGACACUUCUCACCUAUACGCCAGCCCAUCACCCAUCUCGUGUCAUAACAGACACCAGGUGGCACCAACAACCGAUGGUCUGGGCAAUGAUGAAUUUCUCAGCCUCGCUGUGAGCAGCAUGAUCAACAACGAACAUGAUUUGGUCCCAACUUAUGCAACAGAACCCAGUGCUGGACCACUUCCUUCCAUCAAUUCUGUCUUUUUGAAUUAA